GAAAAUCCAAAAAUGCGGAAGUGAAAAUUUGAAAUCAACCGGGGAAACAUUUUCGUUAUUACUAAUCCUAUUAUCGUGUUUCAAAGCUUUAAACUAUCAAUAAAAGUACGCCAGUUGUUAUAUUCUUUGUCUGAAACUGCCAGACAACAGUCAAUCGUGAUAAAUUACAGGAUUUUCUGCAAUUCACAUUGGGACUAGCAGCAAGUGUAUUAGAAGAAUGGAUGUGUUACUUGAUACAGACUACAACACAGCGAAGGAAGUUGAGCUUACACGCUUUGUAUGGAAAGAUCUUCCACUUGUCCUUAAAACCAGAUCCAGAUCUGCCAUGGCCUGAAGAGGCAGAGGGCUUAUGGAGUCCUGUUUUCUGUCAAGUUUCUAAAAAUGUGCCACUUGAUUUGCCACAUGGAUAUAUGGCAAUUAAGAAUUAUGGAGAAAAUGAAGAUAUUGUGAAAGCAGUCUGGGAGACUGGUUUCUUUGAAGACACAGGACGUAAGUUUAGGUCUGGUUACGUUGAGAUGCCUGUUUGGAAACUUAAAGAUGGCGUACCAAGACCUGAUCCCGAGCCGAUUGAAUGGGACAAAGUAGAAAAGGAACAAAAAGGCAUGCAAGAUUUCUUGACUAAAUGCAAUUUUAAGACAGUUAAUCAUGACCCUCCAAUGCCAUUGCAUGAUUUUAUGGACAAAUGUGCAGCUGCUUUGAAGCCUCUCUUCAAUACAGACCCAGUCAUCAACAAGAAAUCCAUGACUCUAGUGUUCCAAAUAGAAGAAAAAUCUGAAAAACCCAAUGGCAGUAUAAAUGGCUCACCUGAACAAUCAAAUGAAUCUGAUAAUGUGAAGGACCCAAUCAUAGCUCAGACAAGAACAUUUGAUUUAGAGCCAUUUUAUAACAAAUUGAAACAUGACACAAAGGAUAAUACUCAGAAAGCCUUGGAUGAUGUUUUAGAGGUUUUAAAAACUGGUGCUCAGACAACAAAUGCAGAGAUUGAGAGUAAACUUGAUCAGUUGGUCCCUUUGGUACAAGAAAAGCUGUGGUUUGAGAAUGUCAAAUCAGAGGUUCAGUCUGUACCUGGUGGCGACACCUUUCAGCCUGUGAAUAUGCCAAUAGAUGGCAUUGAGCAUCUAGUCUAUACCCUUGGAAGAAACGCAGAGGAUGGUAUGACCAAUAUCCAGUAUGAGAAAGAUGGACUCCUUCAGCUUGAAAUGCUUGGUGUCUCGAGAAAAGAAUGUUUUAGACGAGCGAUUGAGAAUUUCCGUAAAUCUGCUACUGCUGAGAACAAAGAACUGUUUACUGCGGAGUGCAACGGGAGCGUAUUCCAAGGAGUCCUACCAAAAUACAACGCAUCCCUGCUAACUAUGCUAGAAGAAAUUGCCAAACUGAAGGUGAAUGGUGGUCAUAUUGUGCAAGUCAGCACAUCGCAUGGUAUGCUAGUGACUGGCUCCAGAGACUACAGUGGCAUGCUUAUGAUGGGAGAAUGUGCUUUUAAACUGCUCUUUGAGUCAGAUCUAAUGGAUCGUCUCCCUGUUGUGCCACUACGACUGGUUGCCAAAGAGACUGGCUCCUACCAGUGGGCACCUUAUGUUCCAAAUAUUGACACAGAGUUCUGUGUUCCACAGUCUAAAGCAGAGGCAAUCAAGCUUGGGGAUGCAUUCAUGAACUGGAUGGGGGAGAUAGAGAGGAACCCCGCCAAGAAGCCAAAGACCAUACUACCCCAGUUCCUCACCCCUGGGACUGCACAUUUCCUUGGAUGUACAGAUGAGGCCAUUAAGGAAGCAUUUGAACAGACCCCAGACUAUAUGGAUAAGAAGAAACUUCAAGUGUGCUUCCAAUGUGGCAAAACUGCAGGUGAUGACGUGAAGCUCCUCAGCUGUAUUAAGUGUCGUCUGGCAUCAUACUGCGGAAAACCUUGCCAGAAAACCAACUGGAAGACGCACAAAGUCCAAUGCAAGAUCAUCGCAAAGACCCUCGGCAAUUGAUGUCAAACAGUGUUCUGGUAAUUAACCAAGGAUGGAGACAUUCUGCCAAAAUAUCUGUAAUGGAUUAUUGAUAAAAAUGUGAGGCUCUAAAAACUAAAAUACAUGCUUUAGAAACUAGAUGGACAUAGUCUUUGAUGACCUCCAUGGAUGUUACUACUGGGACCAAACAUGAAACCAUAAAUACAAAUUAUUGUAACCCAAAGCCAGUAAAAUUAACACUACAAGUACUAGGACUCUGGCUUUGUGAGGUUCAGAAAACAUGAUAUG